GCUCUUCUUUUCUUUGCUGCACCGAACAAAGCCCCCAAGCUGCUAACAGCCCUCCCUUGAAGAAAAACCGGUAAAAGCUUGAAAUUCCUCCUUCUUUUCUUGUUCAAAAACCAGAUUUGGAGCCUUGAAACCUUCUCCCCCUGCAAAGAAAAUUUCCAGAUCUGCUCUGCUCUGCUCUGUCUUCACCGCCGGCUGCUAUGUGGGUGGGUGAUUUUUGGGCUUUUUUCGUUCCCGUGAGUUCCCCUGCAGCUUGCCGCCGACCUCUUCCCCCCUACCAGGUCCGGUUCUGCAACUGGAAAUUUUGGUAUGUGACAGCCCUUUAAGCCUAAAAUUAUCCAUUUAAUUUGCUACCUUGUGGUGUCCGAAAAUCUGCAGAAAAUGGGGAUGAAUUCUGGUAGCAAUUAGAGCAUUUUAAGUGUGUUUUAUUGCUUAAUUCAUGUAGAAAAUUAGUUAAUUAGUUGCUGUGAUUUUUGGAGAGAAAAUCCCGUGAGAUUAGUUAUGGUAUUGCCAAUUUUUGGAAGUUGCAGUUACUGUUCACGGGGACUGUUCAUGGCACUGUUCACGGGUAUUUUUCAUGCACUGAUGGCCAACACUUAACGGGGAUUAAAUGAUUAGUUUGUAAUAUAAGAAUAAAUUUGGAGAUGUCUGGUAAUGUGGAGAUUGAUAGAAAUAGCAUUGUGAUUAGGGGUAGUCCUAAUGAUGAUUUCACUUUGAAUUUGUGAUAGUACGGUAUUAAUUAUGGGGUAUUUUGAUUAGGUUCUUGAGUGUUCUGUCACUCAAGUACUUGGCUUGAAUUUCCGGUAUUACGGAUUUGAGGUAAGUAAAUUUAUGGUAAUGCUCGCACAGUUUUUAAAAGCAUGUUUUGACUUGUUUUUGAAGUGGUGGUUGGACUAAACCGUUUUAUGCAAAAGUAAAUAUGACUGAUUUUGAAGUGAAAUUUUUAUGCUUUUCAUUAAAUUGAGCAUGCCUACUUGAAAUUUAAUUGAUUGUCCUGAUGAUUUGAAAGUGAUUGGUGAAGUAUGAUUUUCUGUUAACUUCUGCCUGUUUUGUCUUCGAUAUGGUCAUGUUAUUCGUGUGCCCGCUAGUGGGAGGUUUAUAAACGCUAGCACAUGUC